AUGUCAUCAUCGACCGUUACUGACACCUACAUUACCGAGCCUUGGAUACAUAUGCAACAGCAGGGUUAUGUCGCGCGAAAACCGCUUUAUGAUCAUCAUCAGCCAUCAACACGACGUCAAUCAGCACACAAGGCAACCAAUACUACUACAACCACCACCACCAAUACCACGAAUAUUGCUUCCAAGGAUAGUCGCAGGAGACAAAGUUACACCAGCAGCAUGAUAGGAGGAACAUGCUACGCCAAAUCAUCCACCGCUGCAGCAACCACUCCACAACAACAGCAUAAUACGACCUUGAAGGAAUUGAUGCAUAAUGGGCAUGCUGCUGAUACUGGCAUGAGUCAAAAUGGGAUUUAUGAAGCAUUUGCUCAAUUGGAUGAUGAUUCAACAGCAACAGCAGCAGCAAAGAAUCAACGUCGGAAAAGUUCCGUAGCCCUCAAUUCAUUACGUCGAAAGUCAUGUACGAAUCGUCAACAACGACCAACAAUGGCGGAUGAAUCCGAGCAACAACCACAACAGCAACGAGCAACGAAUCGCAUCAACAACAAAGCGACCACCACUGUCACGAGCCUUCUUCAAUCCAAACGAAUGUCACAUGGCUCAUCCAAUGUUGCAGCAAGGAUAGCAGCCAUCAACAACAAGAGUAGCAGUAGUAGUAAUGAUGUCGGUGGCUGUGGAUUGCGGGGUCUUCAGACCAAAAAGUCCACAGAGAGCAUUACACAACAACAACAACAACAGCGACGUGGGACAUUGGGUCGAUCUCGUCACAGUCCCCAUCACAACCAUGAGACUAGCUCCUUAUCAUCAUCAUCAUCUUCUGAUCGAAGCACUAAGCAUGGGCCCAGUGACACAGAUGACGGAUAUAAUAACAAGAGCAACAACGGGCCGAAGCCUACACGUAAUGUGCCUGUCAAAACAUUCGAUCCAGAAAAGGAACGCGGCACAGGUUUUGUGUUGAGAGAUGUGCUUGCUGUGAAACGUAGGCAGGUGAGACAAGAGCUCGGUUUGUCUUCCGAUGCUGCUACCAAACGACAACAACAACAACAACAACAUAAUCGUCAAUCUGCACCACCCGCUCCCACAACAAGAACUUCUUCAACACAUCGACUUGCUGAAAAUAGAAGAAAAUCAACAACAGCUACCACUUUUACAACAACAACAGAAGCUGCUCGUCGACGUACAAAGGAAAAGACGACCACCACCACUACUACUACUACAACCACGACAGCCAAAAAUACCACCACUACUACACGCACUAGUCCUGCUGCUAAUCUUCCUACAUCUCAUGAGACACGCCGACGCACUUUAUCCAAUGGCUCUAUAUUACGUCAAUCACCUAUAAAGAAUGAUACAAAGACAGCUACUACUGAACGACGUCGCAAAUCCAUUGCAUCCGUAACAGCAACAACAGCUCGCAGUGGCAAUGAUACACAAAGUUACAGUCGACCUACAUUGGCAGAGUUACGACGUCGAUCCACUGCCAACGUCAAUGAUGAGGCAUCAUCACUCACCAUGCUUGCAACCAAACGACGUUCAAUAGCAGCAACAACAACAACAACAACAGCAGCGAGUCGACGUGCAAGUAAAGUGGAUACCAAAAACAGCAGCAACAAUGGUCGUCGUAGCAGUGAAGCGGGUUCUCGUAAAGGAUCACCUUCAACAACAAGCUCACCAGGAGAAGUGGAUGAUAGCAAACGAUCUCAAACAACAAAGCGACCUGAUUUGAAUCGACGUAUGAGUAAAAGAGGAUCCAUGCUAGCACAACAACAACAACCUGCAUCAAUGAGUCCAGCAGCUCGAACACGCAAAAAGUCUAUUGUGGCUAUGGAUGAUUCAGCCCUUACAGUGAGAAGAAGGACUCGUCGCAUGUCACGUACCGAAAGCUUGAAAGAAGGUGUACCCACAGACGUUUCUUUGGAUGCUGCAAAGGAUUGGAGGAAGAAAUCAGAUGCUGCACGUGAAGCAUUUGCUGCAACAACGAAAGCAGCCACUGUACGCAAAAUAGCUGCAGCAAGACAAGAACGACGCAAGACAUUGCCAGGUAGCCUAGCAACACCACCACCCCCUGGAGAAGCAUUGAAUUUACCACCUAUGAAAGUGGAGCCUAUUCGUCUCAACAUCCCAGGGACACGACGUACCAAGUCAUCUCGAUCUCGUUCAUCAACACGUGGCGGUGGUGGUCAUUCUGCAAGUAGUGAGGAAGAAGCAUCAACACCCAAAGAUGAUGACAACAACAUCAAAAGGACAAGAAAAGAGUUGCCACAACUACAUGUCGCUAUCACUGGGGCCCAUCAUCAUCCAUCAUCAAAGCAUUCUCCUGGAUCACAACGUGAUAGUGCCAUCGAUGUGCUCUCGCCAAGAUCACGUGCAUUGCAUGCUUUACAGUCUGCUGGGAACAAGACAUCUCAUCCAAAUGAAGAUGGCGUAUCACCAUCAUCACCUUCAAUGUCCCCUCGUGCAAGAAGAAUGAGUUCAGGAAGUGGUAUGGCUGCUGCUGCUGCUGCUGCUGCUGCAUCAAGCAAUGACCAUGGUAGAACAGCCUCUUUUUGUGAGCCAAGCAGUCGAAAGGGUUCAAUGGCAUCAACUCUUGACAAUGAUCCUGCCAAUGAUCUUCAACGUAAUCGUGCAAUGAGUCUUCAAGGGCGUUUACAAGCCAUGGUGCGUCAACAUACAGAGCAUCCUACCAAAGAGACAUCCUAUACCCAAGAGGUGAUGCAUCAUCAUUAUCAGCCUUUGAAAUAUCGUCAUGCAGCAGCAGCAGCAGCAGCACGCUUGAGUGUCUAUGACGAUACCACCAAACGACAAGAACCAGCCACUUCACCAACCCCUGCUGCCGCCUCUUUGAAUGAAGAAAGUAAUAGUCCUACCAUGAUACGAUCACCUGCACGUCUCAGUGAUACGCUUCUUUGGGAUAAGGAAUUGGCUGAUAUUGCUGCUGUGGGCUUACCUGGUCCCAAAAGUCCAACCACGGCCAUCAAAUUUUAUUCUGCGUUUUUAUCACCUUAUGAGCACACUGAAAUCCAAGAGUAUUCCCAAGUCUACUUUGUUGGCCAUCAUGCAGAAAAGCAUAUGGCUGUCCCUGACGACCCCACCAACAACUUUGGCUAUGAUGAUGAACAUGGUGACUACAACAUUAUCGCUCAAGAUCAUUUGGCGUAUCGGUAUGAGAUCAUCGACAUCCUUGGUUGUGGUUCCUUUGGACAAGUGAUCAAGUGCUACGAUCACAAGAUGGAGACGACAGUGGCUAUCAAGAUGAUUAGGAAUAAGCGUCGUCUUUAUGCACAAGCGCGUACCGAGGUUAACAUUCUCAAGGAUCUGGUGAAAUGGGACCCCCAUGAUCAACAUCACAACAUUCGCUUGACCGACUCGUUUGUGUUUCGAAAUCAUCUCUGCAUCGUAUGCGAGUGUCUCAGCAUCAACUUGUAUGAAUUCAUCAAAGCCAACAACUAUAAAGGGUUCUCUUUGAGCUUGAUCAAGAGAUUUAACCUUCAAUUGCUUCAAUCGCUCUGUUUACUUUAUGAGCAUGGCGUCAUCCACUGUGAUCUUAAACCUGAAAACAUUCUCCUCAAACAUCCCGCCAAAAGUACUAUCAAAGUAAUCGAUUUCGGUAGCAGCUGUUUCGAGAAUGACCGAGUGUAUACCUAUAUCCAAAGCCGAUACUACCGCUCUCCUGAAGUGAUCCUUGGCAUGUCGUACAACGCAGCCAUUGACAUGUGGAGUCUCGGCUGCAUUCUUGCUGAGCUUUAUACAGGGACACCUCUCUUUCCUGGUGAGGAUGAGCAAGAACAGCUAGGAUGCAUCAUGGAAAUUCUUGGUGUGCCAAGCCGAUACAUUAUCGAACAAUGUUCACGUAGGAGACUCUUUUUCGAUUCAAGUGGCAAUCCACGCAUUAUACCCAAUUCAAAAGGAAAACGCCGUCGACCAGGCACAAAAACACUCUCCCAUGCUCUUCGUGGUAGCGAUCGUCGAUUCAUUGACUUUGUUUAUCGGUGUUUACAAUGGGAUCCUCGGAAACGGAUGACACCGGAUCAGGCAUUGUGUCAUGAAUGGAUGCUUUAUAGCUCACGCCAUAGUGCGAGAAAACAAUCCAGUGCGGUUGAAUAA